ACUACUAAUAAGGACACAGAUUCCUGUAAGAGCAGGUGUUUGCCUAGAGACACAUUGAAGCUUCGUCUGAUUCUUAUUCUCAGAGCUCAAUCUCAGCCCACAGAGAGAUACAGUUAGUCUUUACAUUCGGAAGAGACACACCGAAAAUGGCUAGCUCUCAAUGGCUGUCCAUCGCCACUCUCUCUGUCAUGCUGUGUGGUGGGGUCCACACAUUCAUGCCAUUCAAAUUCUACCAAAGCCAAAUCUCUCACGUUGAUAUCACUGAGAUGGCCAUCCUGCGUAAGACGGCAGAGGUUUGCCGUGACCUGGCGCAGAAGGAGGGGAGACCCUUUAGCCUGACGAUUGACAGCAGAUUGUCGGCAUAUGCAGUUCAGGCAGCCUGUUCCUCAGGCAGUGACCCCUCCCUGCGGUCAAGCAAUAAGUUUGAAGAUGCUAUCGUGGAGAUCUAUAAGAGCAACUGGAGGGUGGAUAUCGGUUCACAUUUGAAAGACCCUGAGUAUCACUUUGACGACGAAACAUUUGUAGAAGGUCGGAAUCUUAUCACCCAGGGCAGGACUAUUGUUAAAAAAAGUGUGACACUGGAGAGCUUUUCAUCAGCAAGAGAAACACUGGGGAAAAUAUGUCACACCUUGCAGGAUUUCUACAGUCACAGUAACUGGAUAGAACUGAAAAAUCAAGCCCCAUUUAGCACCCUGAUCAAGCCGGACGUCCCCUUCACAAACCUUGCUGAUAAGAACACGCCGACAUGCACAGACUGUAUAGAUGACGACUGCAAGAACAACAUCCUCCCAGAGAUUCUGCGUGCAAAGAAGUUAACUUCUGGGUACUUUGGUGUGUUUUUUUUUAGCGGCAAAAAACCAACAGGAAAAUGCAGUCAUGGUGGGUUUCUUGACCGAACCAGCAGACAGAAGCCCGUAGGUGGGAUCAACAAAGAUACUACAGGUUCAGAGCAUGGCAAUCUUCAUGUGGAUGCUGCCAACAUGGCAAUAAACGCCACCAUGGAGCUUCUGGAAGACAUCCGUGGAGCCGUUGGAGAUAUCAACUUCCUACAGCUGAUGGGCAUCACACACUCCUCAGUGCUGGCUUUCGUGAUUGACACCACAGGCAGCAUGUUCGAUGACAUUGAAGAGGCCAAGCGUGUGGCGUUUUCCAUCAUUGACAGCAAGCAGGCAUCAGCCUUCAUCCUAGUGCCCUUCAAUGACCCUGGUGUGUGGUGCCUUCCUGUCCAGCAUAUAAACUGCAGUCUGGUUUUACCACUAAGACUCCAAAAUAUGGACUGCAAACAAUUUUUAAUUCAAACCAUUCUAAAUUUAAUAGAUAUUGACCUUGUCUACUAUGUAUUUUGUAUAGGCUUUAUGAUUUCUCAGUUUAUCUCACAGUUGUUUGCUCCCCUUCUUCUCCCUCCACUCAACUGCUCACCCCUGUCCACCUCUGUCCAGCUGGCCCUUACAGGUGCUCCUCCCUUCUCAGAGAUUUUUGUCUUCACGGAUGCUUCCGCCAAAGAUAUCUACCUGAAAAGCACAGUGCUGUCACUGAUAGAAAGCACAAAGUCAGUGGUAACCUUCAUAUUAACAAAAGUCUUUGGUGGCCGACGUCGAAGAAGCAGUGACAGUAACAAUCAAGGGCAACAGCAGCAAUUUUCUAGUCGAAUAUCGUCAUCUGCCAGCCUGGAAUACCAGCAGCUGGCACAGGCAUCGGGGGGGCUGGCUAUACAGACUAGCACGGCCAACUUGCCCCAGGCCACCAGCAUUAUUCUGGACUCCACCACCUCUGCUCUGGUGACCCUUUUCCAGGCUGUGAGGAACCCAGGGAAGGAUGAAGACUUCAUCUUCAUGGUGGAUCCAUCCAUCAGAAACCUGACAGCUUACAUCACAGGCAACAGCGUCACAUACAGUCUCCAGAAUCCUUUAGGUGUCCAGCAGAGCAGUGCAGAACCAAAUGGCUCCUUGGGGUCCAUACAGGCAGUGGGGAACCUCAACAGGAUUCAGCUCAACCAGCAGGAGGGAUUAUGGAAAAUCCACAUCAGUUCCACACAGCCCUAUCAACUGAAAGUCACAGGUCAAAGCACAAUUGACUUCAUAUUCACAUUUUUUAAUAUACUAAUGGAUCCCCUAAAAGGAAUGGAAUUAAAUGAAGGUCGUCCCCAAGUAGGCACAAACACCACCUUGUUCCUCACAGUAACCAGUAACACUCCAGUAAAUGUCACAGAAGUGUCACUGGUGGAGGCAUCAGGGGCUGGCCAGACGAACGGCACCUUACAGGACCUGGGCCGUGGGAACUAUCUAAUAACAUUGGACAAGAUGCCAGAGGGCAUCUUUAACGUGCGAGUGACAGGAAUGUCAGCCAGCUCCUCACGGUCUUCCAGCACGGUCUUCCAGCGGCAGUCAAACACUGAAAUCAAGGCCUCGAGUCUGAUUGUCUCUGUCCAGGGCAUAUCGAACCUGGAACCCGGGGUGCCCAUCACCAUUCCUUUCACUGUAAGAUCCUCUGGGUCAGACCCAUUACACCAGAUCAGUGUCCGUGAUGAUAAAAGCUUUGUUCAGGGAUUCACAACAAUGCUGUCCCUGGUGAAUGGCAGUGCCCAGGGCUCAGUGAAUCUCACCGCUCCAAAGGACACACUGUCUGGCACUGAUGUCACUGUGACCAUCACGGUCGAGUCCUCCGAUCGCAGUGAUUCCAACUAUGCAGUAGUACGACUCUCAGUCGUCGCUAAGGUUACAGACAUCAGCCCUCCAGUGUGCCAGGGCAACACGACGGGUAACUGUUCGGGGACCUGCAGCCUGUCCAGCUGGGAACUCUCUGCUAAUAUCACCGACGACAACGGCACUGGUGUCACUAGUGUGUCUGCCCGCGGGGGCAACGGCACCCUCAACAGCACCAUCUCUGUGGGGGAGGGGGGCAUCAAUGUCACACAGGUGUUCUAUAGUGCCUCUUGCUGCGCCCCUGAUCUAGAGCUUGUAGUGGUGGAUGCUGUGGGUAAUGUGGGCAGAUGCAUAUAUUCUGUCAGGGCUCCCAGCACGACGACUCCGCCCACUGUCCCUGUGACCCCCAGCAAAGGGGCCGCCUCUCUGGCACCACACCUCUCGGUGUGGGCGAGUCUGCUGAUCAUCCUGAAGGCUUUCAUAGCCAUGUGACAACAGCAAUCCAGAAAGAGAGACCUCAUUGGAAGAUGCAAUUCAUCCAAUGAGAGCACAGCCACCAUAAAUGACUCUUCUUCCUGCAGUGUCACUUGCUGACAUUGGUCCAUUACUGCUUUUUAGCUUAUGCAUAUCUUACUAUAUAUACAGCAUAUAUAUCUUUUAAAUAUCUGCCUACCUUUACAUAUUUACUCAAAUGAAAAGCUGAAAAAUGUCUAGAAUUAAUCUCUGUCUUGCGGUCAUUUGAAAUAGGUGUCCGUGUCAAUCUAGGGCAAGUUUUGUCUUUGUCUCAAGGCCAUUAAUCUAGAGAGGAUGAUGGGGAAGAGGAACACAGGCACAGAAUCCAUGAGGCUCUGACAGAGACAUGAGAGAUGUGGAAAGAAGGGGAUCCAUUGCGUGAUCGUGAACAGCUGCUCACAUCUGCAGGGCGAUGACUCACCAUGAGCAAGACAACAGACAGACAGAUCCCCAAUUACUGUCACUGAUAUAACCCCCCCAACAGAGAUAUAUCCGAGCCCAGGGUUCCCCAAUUAUUGUGACCAAAAUGCCCCCCUCCACAGAGAUAUACAGUAUACCUAUUUUAUGUAAUUGCAAUGGUGUUACUAAUUAAAAAGCUCCCAAUGAGGCUUGUCAAGGUAAUU